CAGCUUGCGAGUUAUCGUCAGAUUCGUCCAAAGGGCGUGCAUUUGCUCCUUCGCCCAUCGCUGGCCAUUGGGCAUCCUCCCGUUGCAUACAGCGUCUGGCUGCAACAUCACGCCCGCCAUCAUGGCCAUCCGCGACGCCGCCUUCGACAUGGCCGACUUUGUCGAUUUCGGAGACACUAGCAUACCCGGCCUGUCACACGGCACUGGCCUCAGUCUAAUAGAGCCGGAAUUGGCCCAAAGCCACACAUUGGCGGGUGAGGACCCUGUGCAAGCUGCCGAGGCCCCAUCCACCGACAUCGACUUCAACACGGACUUCAGUACUUGGCUGCCAACGUAUCAAAAGUCGGCCCAGCCAUGUGAAUACUGCCGCUCCAUGUCGCUGGAAUGCUUCAUAUACAAUUGCGAUGGCACCAAACAGGUAGGAUGCUCGCCAUGCAACGCCUUGUUCCGGCCGUGCAGCUUCUCCAACCCAGAGAGGAUGCCAGCAAUGAAGCAGAGGACAGCCCUUGAUACCUUAGACGUGGUCGCUGAAAACGACACGCGCUCUUUUGGCGGACUCACGGGGAGGAAGCAGAUGCGCUCGUUGGGUCAUGUUGGGCCCAUGGGCGAUGAGCAAGGCUCCAGGAAUGCUGCUGCUGCCGCUCGCUUCCCACGAGCUGCCGUCAAGAUCCUGAAAGAUUGGAUGUUGGCGCACAUUGACCAUCCAUACCCAACCGAGGAAGAAAAGGAGAUGCUGAAGCAGCAGACUGGCUUGUCGAUUGGCCAGAUCUCCAAUUGGAUGGCCAACACGCGGCGAAGGCAAAAGGCACGACCCAAGCGAAGUGCACUGCCGAGCAUUCGACCCUCGACCGAGGUGAUCAACAUUCCCGCUGGUAAAACGUGGGAAAGCAUGAAUCCUUUCGAGCGAUGGAAGCACUCGCCCCCCGAAAACGAACCUGCUCCUCUCAACGCUAUCGCGCAGGCCGUCGAAACCUUUGACCCGCCCGAUUCUACCAGCCAAAGUAGCAGCUACCGCAAGGAUGUAUCCAACGACAGUACUGGAAGCUUCUCUGUCUUCAGGGCGCCCUCCAUCUCGUCGCUGGAGACUGGCCUCACCAAGAUGUCCUCUGGCUCUCUAGGAUCCCGCGAAUCGGCUUAUUCAUAUGGUUCCCGGCACUCGCUCGGCUCCAUGAACAGUCUCAAGUCCAAGGAGAGGCGUAGGCGUCGGCGACUUCCUACCCGAGGCCCGAAAGCCAGUCCUGAUGAAGGGCAGAGGAUGUUUCAGUGCACCUUUUGCACUGAUACUUUCAAAUCCAAGUACGAUUGGUCUCGCCACGAGAAAAGUCUCCACCUAUCCCUUGAGAAGUGGCUGUGCGCACCUCUGGGAGAGAUUGUCGCUGACAAGGCUACUGGAAAGCCCAAAUGCGUCUACUGCGACGAGUUGGAUCCCAGCAGUGAGCAUCUGGCGACUCACAACCACACUGCUUGUUACGAAAAGGGACCCGAAUCGCGAACCUUUUACCGGAAAGACCAUCUUCGACAACACCUGCGGCUGAUGCAUGGCUGCAAGAUGACCGCAAGCAUGGAGACUUGGAAGUCUGAAGCGCAAUACAUCAAGUCUCGUUGCGGAUUUUGCGGCAUGAUCUUUGACAAGUGGCAGGAUCGCGUCGACCACCUUGCAAAGGAGUUCCGGAAUGGAGCCAACAUGAAGAACUGGAAAGGUUGCCGUGGCCUUGAUCCCCAUGUAGCUAUACACGUAACCAAUGCGAUGCCACCGUACCUCAUUGCCAACGAGAGCAAGUCGCCUUUUCCAUUCUCUGCAAGCAACUCGUCAACCCUCAAGCAGCUCAACCUGUCGCUCGAAAGCCGAGACCUUGAGUACCUCUUGCCCAACAACCCGACUGCGGACUUAUCCAUCGCGCACCCAGAUGGAGUAAACUCGUCGGAAAUUGGACCCAUUAUCCUGACCACCCCUGAGGACUAUUUGAAUUCUGGGCAGCAAGAUCAUAACCCGAAUGCUACAUGUUGGGAGAUCCUCACCCUGCGACUUGGACGCUUUGCACGAGAGUAUAUCGAGAAGCAUGGCGCUGGGUCUCUGACUGAUGAAAUGUUGCAAGUGGAAUCACGGCGUAUCCUAUAUAGUGAUGAUGAUCCCUGGAACCAGACUGCUGCCGAUAAUCCCGAGUGGCUCAAUCUUUUCAAGAAAGCACACGGCAUCGACUCCAAGGCGCCAGUAAAAGGUAUCAACUCACAACAAGACGUGUUCGAGGACCUGGGGCUCCAUUCAGGUGCCGUUGUUGAUUCGAGCUUCAACGUCAACAACUUUUCCUGCGAAGAUUUGCCCGAAAACGACCCACUGCGAGCACUCUCGUUUGAAUGCUCACUCUCGGGCUCACUGGGUCACAUACAAGGCCAUGCGCGCCAACUUUCGUCUGGCCGCCAAACGCCAUACAGUGUACCCGGACUGAGCGGGUCACCAACGUCGCCGGCUUCGUGUGCACCCGCAACAACAGCAACUGCAGACAAGCUGAUGGGCGUCUACGAGCCCAUCUCAGAACUUGCAUGCCCGUCGGCAAAAGGCGGACCCUGCUACGGCGAAAACGGCGAACUCGGCUUCUCCACUACAAAGGCCGGCUCGCAAAAGAAGCGGUACUGGCUCAACGCUGCAAACAAACACAUGUCGCCUCUGUACUCUACCACCAACGACCAGCAGCAGCAGCAGCCGGUAUACGAGUGCCCAACCGUUGGUCUCCGCUCCUUUGACGACCUGGCCACACAGCCCUGCACUGCUGCAAGCGACGCUCCCACCACCACCACCACCACCGCCGACUUCCAGUUUCCCUCCUGGGACCAGUUACCCGAGGACCUGCAGAACCCGACCAGCAGCGCCGAAUACCGUCACGCUGGCAUCAGUGCGCCUUCGGCUGCCGACACGCUGUCGAUGCCGUGGGACGACACUAUGGAUUUUGCCAUGGACAUGGACAUGGAUAUGGAUCUGGAUUUGGAUUUGGCCGUCGAUCUGAAUCACGUCUGAGAUGAUACAAAACCCUAAAUAUCUGUCGUAUGCUUGGGGAAAAUAAAAGUUUUGGAUCUCUUAUCGUAGGGGCUUCUUUUUUUUUGAGAUGAGGAUGGAGAUGGAGAUGGAGAAGUAAU